AUUAAUCCUAAGUGAGAGAUCCGCUUACAGUUGUGAAUUGAAGGCGUGCUAUAGUUUUUCAAUCAUUUUUCAAUGCUAUCACUAAAUAUUAGCAGAUUGAAUAUCCACUAUCCACAGAAUAAUUAUAUGCGAAAGGUCAUGAGCUAACCACUUCGUCACAUUGCAGCAGUUUGGAAAAUAAACAACUUGUGAUUGUUGCAAAAUAAGUACAAUAUCAAGCAACAUGCAAUGCGGCAUAAAAAUCCAAUCUUAUUCUGCAAACAACUUCUCCCAUUCAAGGAUAUCAUCUUCUCCCUUUUUGCUGACAAUAAUAUAGGAAGUUGGUCUCCACUCGAAGCAAGUGUAUGUAAUUUCCAUUCUAAUAAGUUACAGUUUCCGGUCUAAGUGCAAGGCAAUCUAUGCAAAACGAUUCCAUCAAACAUUGAGCAUUACACAUAGGCAAAAACGAUAUCCUCAUUUCAAGUGCUCCUCCUGGAACGAAGAGUGAACAGUAACAAAGUUGAAGAGAUAUUUCAAACUUUAAUGUAAAGUUCAUGGAUAUUUUUAGCAAAAAAAAGUUUACACGUGUCAAAUCGACUGAUAUUGAAUAGUGUUUAGUACAUAUAAUCUUAUUGUGUUUGAGACUACAAUUUUCAUCGCAUUUAAAAUAUGGAAUCGAAAAAGUCAGAGUCAGAGGAUCCUAUUUCACACCCCGAAGCAGAGAAAGUGAGACGAUCUUCUUCAGAAAUUGAAUCAGAGUCUAAAAUUGGAACAAUAGAAAUGGGCGAACAAUUGGAAUUUGCACCAUCGUCAUCUAGAAUUUCAGGAACUGAUGAUAACUCCCCGCCCCCGUAUACAGAAACUGAUGAUAGGCCUAAACCAACUCCAAGACGGCAUCGAAAGCGACGCCCCACAAUUCUUGAUCCAAAUAGUUCAAUUCUUCAAAAUCCAAACACUCCAACUUCUUCAAGUGCACCUGAAGGGCAAAUUUCCCCAGAAUCCACUCCUGUCGACAUUCAUGAUGACGAAGGUGGCAACGAUGACGCAAAAGAGGACGACUUUGAGGAAGAAGUAUCCCAGUCACCGAAAAAAUAUUUAUCCGUUGAAGUCCACGCCACGAUAAUCGCUGCUUUUUCCUUUCUCUGUAUUGGACUCCAAAGAGCGUACACUUCUCCGGCCAUCGCCUCCAUGAAAAAUGAUUACGGCUUCUUCAACGCUGAUAACCCCAUGUCUAACACGGUCGUCUCCUGGGUCGCCGCGGCGCCACCGCUCGCCUCCUUUUUUGGAACGAUUAUGAGUGGAAUCACACUGAAUUAUUGUGGUCGACAAAAGACGCUCGUUCUCCUCACGGCGCCCUACAUCGUUGGCUGGCUGUUUAUCGCUUUUGCGAAAAAUACCACCAUGAUAAUGAUAGGGCGCGGUUUAACGGGCUUGGCCGCUGGAUUUUCGACAGCUGCAGCGCCCAUGUACGUCAGCGAGUGUGUACGCGCAAAAGUGAGAGGAUUUCUAGGAUUCGUCCCUGCAAUGAUGUUGUCCUUGGGUAUUCUUCUAGGAUUUGCCUUGAGUACGAUAAAUUUAGAUUGGAAAAGCCUCGCCAUGCUCAUGACUUGCUUUCCUAUGUUGCUCUUCAUCUUUGCCAUCUCCGUGCCGGAGUCACCCAUUUGGUUGCUGCAUCGAGGAAAGGAAGAGAAAGCGAUGGAAAGUUUGCGUAAACUGAGAGGUUUCGAGUAUUCGACUGUGGUUGCAAAUACUGCCGAAAACGAGGUUCAAGUGCCUCCAAGAAUUUCAAAAAGUCAGCAAAAAUUGAGCCAAGAGAUUGAGAAUGAACUUGAAGAGAUGAAACGUGUCAUGAGAAAGAGACAUUCGAUUGCUGCCAUGUCCAAAGCUGCUAAACGUCACUCUAAGGGGAACACUAUGGUAGAUCCAGAAGUGGGAGGAGCUAGUAACAAGAACAAGACGGUUGUUGAUAAUGAACCCGUCGUUCCAGAGACUUUUAUGCAAUUUGUGUUUUCCGAUCUACUCGGAAGACGUGAAAUCAGAUUCCCUGCCUUCGUUACGGCUUCCUUGAUGAUUUUUCAACAGGCAACAGGGGCAAAUGCUGUGAUCUAUUAUUUGAGCGUUAUUCUCAACGAGGCUGACCCCAACCUGCCAAAUGCGACUUUUAUAAACUCUUUUGGGGAUGAGAAGCACCAUAUUAUUCCCUUGCAUAAGGACGGACUGGACCCAAACGUGGCGUCGGUCAUUUUUGGAUUCGUCCAGUUCUUCGCUUUCUUCUUGUCCCUUCCUCUCUGCGAUCGACUUGGACGACGGGCCUUGCUCAUGAUUUCUGCAGCGCUAAUGAUUUUUCCUCAUGUCAUCCUUGGACUUUAUUUCUGGGUCAAGAUGUAUCCCAACAGCUUAAUUCACGUGUACACAUAUGCCUCCAUCAUCAAACAUACGUCCAGUUGGUUGCCCCUAUUUUGUCUUUGUGCAUUCAUCGCCGGUUACUCGGUAGGAUUUGGACCUGUCCCUUUUAUCAUAAUGUCGGAAGUAUUUCCGUCCAGCGUGAGAAGCUACAUGGUGGCGUUGGCGAGUUUGGUCAAUCAUUUGACCGUGUUCUUAGUUGUGAGAAUUUUUCCAAUAUUUUUCGAUCUACUCGGACCACACGUAGUAUUUUGGUCUUUUGCCGUACUUUGCUUUCUAGCAUUAAUUUAUGUAGCAAUAUUUGUACCGGAGACGAAAGGGUUCACUUUAGCACAGAUAGAAGAAACGUUGAAAAAGAAGAGUAAAGGGAAAUCGGAAGAUGAAAAGCAAUGUGAUUGUUGCAAUCAUAAGUAGCGUUUUAAAACCAUAUGUAAUUAAAUUAUUAUUAGUAAGACUCAUAUUUAUUAGAAGACACAUUUUAUGAAAUAAAAAUAUUUUGAAUGUUUUGAAUA